CUAUUUUGGUAACUUGGUUGAGCUGAGCGGCUAACUUCCCUUUGCGUGCCCCUGCGAUUUGAACAUUGAAGUGAACAAAUAAGAACAGUUCUAUUAUCUACGCAGAGAGAGGUUCAGGUUGAAAAAUGGAGCUCUCGUCUGACUGGAAAUCCCUCUUCCCAAUAUCAUCAGUUUUCAAACCUCCACUUCUCCUCACAGAUUCAGACUCAAAACCCAUACUGGGUCCACUCUUCUUCAACCCUAAACCCAAAACCCUUUCUGUUCUCUUCACCUCUCCAUCUCUCCCAAACCCACCACCGCCUUUCCUCCAAACCCACAACCUCCUCUCCUUCCUUCGCCUCCCUCUUUCCAACUCCCUCCUUCUCUUCUUCCCCACCGGUCCCAACUCCGACCGACUCGGCUUCUUGCUUCUCUCUAUCAAAGCUUCCCGUUUCGACACCUGCGGCGCCAAAGACGAUGAGGUUUUACACGAAACUACCGGGUUCGAGUACCGCAUUCUCAGGAUUGCGGUUAACCCCAACCCCUUUCCCUAUCCAGGUAAUAAUCAUAAUCAUAAUCAUUCCACUGUUGUUGGGUAUUUGCUGGCUUCUACAUUGUGCUCUGUGCAUUGGUUUGUUGUUCAGGAAAUUCAUAAUUCUGGUAAAUUUCCCAGAGUCUUUUGUUUAGGUUCUAAGGUUUUUAAGACUAGCUCUGUUGUAUAUGCUUGUUGGAGUCCACAUAUACCCGAGGAGAGUGUAGUUUUGUUAGAAAGUGGUGCUUUGUUCUUGUUUGAUUUGGAGUCUUGUUUUAGAAGAAGUAGGACUUUCAAUUCCAAUGCACGUUUUAGAGGGACUAAGUUGCUUGUAUCGUGGGAUGCUGAUUCUGAUUCGGGGAACUGUAAAUGGUUGAGCUGUGAAUUCAGUUGGCAUCCUAGGAUUUUGAUUGUUGCCCGGUCUGAUGCAGUUUUCUUGGUCGAUUUGAGGUUUGAUGGGUGUACUGUGAGUUGUUUAGCUAAGGUUGAGAUGCUGAGGAUGUAUACUUCGGUUCAAAAUGAACGGUUCCUUACGUUUACAAUGGCAGGAUCUGAUGGUUUCUAUUUUGCAUUGGCCUCAGAUAGUUUGUUGGUUCUUUGUGAUGUGCGGAAACCAAUGAUGCCGUUGUUGCAAUGGGCUCACGGUCUUGAUAAUCCGUGCCAUAUUAAUGUAUUUAGAUUAUCGGAAUUGAGAUCAAACUCAAGGGAUGAUAAAUAUAGGUGGGCUUCUAAAUCGGGUUUUUGUAUAAUAUUGGGAUCUUUUCAGAAUUGUGAGUUUAAUCUAUUUUGUUAUGGACCUACUAUACCAACUCCGAGAGGAUCCAUUAUUUCUGAAGUUUCGAAAGUUUUGAAAACCCAUUAUGCAUGGGAGCUUCCUUCAGAUCUCUUAUUGUCGGGUCGUGAGUGUCAAUGUGGAAGUUGUCUUGUGAGAGAGGAGAUUUUGAAGGAUGAUCUUCCUAAAUGGAUUGAUUGGCAGCAUAAGAAGGAAUUGGCUUUGGGUUUUGUCAUUUUAAACAAAGAUCUAUCAGCAAUGCUUUCCGAGUCGAAUGAAUUUGGUGGUUUUACAUUGAUAAGACUUAUAUCAUCAGGGAAGCUUGAAUCACAAAGCUAUUGUGCCUCGUGGAAGUUGAAAGAACUUCACACAGAGCGGUUCCAUUUUAAAGAUAAUUCCCUGUAUAUUAUGGAUGAUGAGGAGUACAAAUUUCCUAGAAGAUUUAAGUACGUGAAACUUGAUAAACUCUCUGCAUAUUUGAAUGGUAGUCUAACUGAAGUCCUGGUUUCAAAAUUGAAAAAUCCUUGCAAGGGUCCUCGAGAAAAGGAAUCUUUUAGCUCAGAAUCUCAUGAAAUCUUGUGUGAGAAGUUGAAGGCUUGUGGGUUUGGUCGAUUGAGAUCGCCUCCUGCAGUUUCUGUUGUUUUUAAUGACAUUAGCUCGCCAGCAAGCAUACAUGAGGUUGCUUUGAGAAGGUUGUGGGCAGGCCUGCCAAUGGAACUCUUACAACUGGCCUAUUCCAACUACUCAGAGUUCCUUGAGGUACUUUUGGACCAGAAAAAAGUAUCUUUGGAAUUUCUAGUUGUCCCUGACCUACCUCAAUUGCCUCCUUUCUUCUUAAGAAGGCCUUCAUGCCGUAGCAAUAAGUGGUCACACAAAGUGCAGCGAGAUGAUGCUCUAGUGGGUCCAGUACUUCCUUUUCCUAUUUUACUUACACUUCAUGAGUAUCGUAAUGGCCACUCAGAAUCGGAAGAAGAAGCAGGUGUAUUUUCAUUAGAGAGGGAAAUUAGCCUACAAUGUGAUGAAAUCAAGCAGGUGGCCAGUGAAAUGGCCUUGUCAUAUUCUAGUUGUGAGCUUCAUGGUGACCAAGCUAUCUCCCUUGCUGAUGAAAGAGAAGAUAUGUGGGGUAGUUCUCAAAAACCAAAACCUUUUUGUUUAUACCAUCCAGUUGCAUUUAAGUGCUCUACCAUGGAUCACGUACAGGACAAUGUCUUUAAGGAUGAGAAAUUUGAUAACCUGAUUUUUAAAGUGCCUGAGAAGAAGCAUGUUCCUAAUGGCUUGGUGGAAACCAUUGGACCAGAACUGUUUGAUGAUCUCUGCCCUGUUGAUUUGAGAUUUGAUACUUCUGCCAAGAACUUCGGGCGAAAUGAAUCAAAGAUAUACAAAGUUUUGAAGAAGAAAUGGUCUAAAUGGCAAGACGGAUUUAAUUUAUAUCAGCAAUUUUGCACAGAGUCUAAAUUCCAAAAGCAAUCAGCAUGACAGUUAGAUUUUCUCCCCUAAAUUUGUAAACAUUCCCCUCUCGGAAGAUGAUUUUAGUGAUAUGAUGGCAGCUCUGAAAUUUUUCUCAUUGUUAUGAUUCUAUUUUAAAUGAUUCUGAGAAGAGGGCACAGUAUGAUAGGAAGCGCACACAAGGUAAAGAAAACGUAGAAUUGCUGCUGGUGAUGCAGAGGGGUUUAGAUAUGCUUAUCAAACUCAUUUCUCUGAUUCAUUCCAUAAAAUAUUCUCCGAGGUAGUUUUCAUAACCUUAAAUGUAAUACAGUCUAUUGUCAAUUUGUUAUGGAUAGAUUUAAAAGUCAUUUGAUACCUUACGGAUCUUUGAAGAAGAGGCCAAUCCAUUUGUAUCUGAUAUCCAGGUCGAGCUGUCACUCUCCUUUUCUGAAGCUGUAAAAGGAUGCACAAAGGAUCUGUCUUUUGAUGCAUUUGUGCCCUGUGAUUCUUGCUGUGUAUUUCCAGAAGCCUCAGCCAUCCCAUUUGGAGAAGGCAUGGCAAAAGGACUAAAAGGACAAGAUCUUGGCGGAAUGGAUGGUGAACAUAUUUGUCACCGUGUGGAUACAUUGCUACAUAUGAACAUGGAAGCAUACAUGGGGAGCCUGGGGACUUGAUGCUAAGAACCCGUGUGGAGAUGGCGUGGCUAUCCACCUGAUGCCAAGACAAAAGUUUGUCCAACUUGCGGAGGCACAGGGAGUGUAACAAUUCCUCUGUUUACAUCAAGGUGUGGCUCUUGUAAAGGGUCUGGCUAAAUCAUUAAGGAACACUGUAUGUCAUGUAGAGGAUCAGGGAUGGUUGAAGGUGUAAAGGAGAUUAAAGUUACAAUUCCAGCAGGUGUGGACUCUGGAGAUACGAUUCAUGUACCAGGAGCUGGUAAUGGAGGACGUGGAAGUCAACCUGGGAACUUAUUCAUUAAGCUAAAGGCAUAGUUUUACUUAUUCAUAAUAUAGCUUACUCAAAGAUUCAUUGCUGGAGUCUGGAAGAGUGUGUGAUUGCAACUUCUUAUUAGUUUCUAUGAUGGUAAAAUAAGUGAAAGUUCAUUAAGGGAGGUUCCUAGGUUGGGAGAUGGUGGGCAACAGCAUAUAACCUUUUUCUAUGAAAAAUAAAACCAAAAAAAAAAAAGCAUGAUUUUUGUUCUAGUUUUCAGUUGGGUAGCCCUGUUACUCUUUUACUUAUCCAAAAAAGAAAAAAAGAAAAAAAUCAGUUGGGUAGUCCUAAUCUCUCAUAUUGUAUGAGUAAAUGCACUUGGAUCUCUCUCUAAACUAGUUUUACUUAUUGAUUAUAUAGCUUAUUCAAAGAUUUGUUGCUGGAGUC